GGCUGCCGCUUCCUGCCCACCGGCUCUCCGGCAGCGGGGGAGGGCCUGCCCGCUCUCCCUGCCGCCGAGGAGCAAUCGCCGCGAACCUGCCCGCCGGGCGCCGGCCCAGCCGCCAAGGCCAUGCCCAGCUCGGCGCUGUGGGCGGUGGAUCUCUUUGGGAGGGUGUGCACCCUCUCGACGGCCGCGCAGCACUGGGAGCUGUGCAGGGACGCCCAGCUCGAGUUCAAGCGGGUCAGCGCGGCCGCGCAGUGCUGCUGGGGCAUCGCCUGCGACCACCAGGUGUACGUGCGCGUGAGCUCCAGCGACGUCCCCAUCCGCCGCCGGGAGGAGGCCUAUGAGAAUCAGCGCUGGAACCCCGUGGGCGGCUUCUGUGAGACACUCCUGCCGAGCGACCGCUGGCCGUGGAGCGACGUGAGUGGGCUCCAGCACCGGCCGCUGGAUGGGGUGGCGCUGCCCUCGCCGCACUGGGAGUGGGAGUCGGACUGGUACGUGGAUGAGAAUUUUGGAGGGGAACCCACCGAGAAAGGGGGGUGGACAUACGCCAUCGACUUCCCUGCCACCUACACUAGAGACAAGAAGUGGAAUUCCUGCGUGCGCCGGCGUCGGUGGAUCCGGUACAGGAGAUACAAAUCCCGGGACACGUGGGCCCAGAUCCCGUCGCAGGAUGACCCCAAGCAACUGCCCGACCCCUUCAACGACCUCUGUGGGGGGUGGGAGAUCACAGAUGAGCCCGUGGGCCGCCUGUCCGUGUGGGCCGUGUCUCUGCAGGGGAAGGUGUGGUACAGAGAGGACGUCAGCCACCCCAACCCCGAAGGCUCAUCGUGGUCCUUGGUGGACACCCCCGGGGAGGUGGUUCAGAUCAGCUGUGGCCCCCACGACCUGCUGUGGGCAACGCUCUGGGAGGGACAGGCCUUGGUCCGGGAAGGAAUCAACAGGAACCAUCCCAAAGGAAUUUCGUGGUCCAUAGUGGAGCCCCCCACGUCAGAAAAUGGCAUCAUGCACGUCUCCGCGGGAGUCGGCGUGCUCUGGGCUGUCACCAAGGACCGGAAAGUUUGGUUCCGAAGAGGUGUCAACUCUCACAAUCCCUGUGGCACCAGCUGGAUCGAGAUGGUGGGAGAAAUGACGAUGGUGAACGUGGGGCUGAAUGACCAGGUCUGGGGCAUCGGCUGGGCGGACCGGGCCCUGUACUUCCGUCAGGGCGUCACCCAGAGCGAGCUCAGCGGGAGGACGUGGAAAGCCAUUGUCGCCGGCCGGGAGUGCGACCGCUCUCACUCGGGCAGCUCGUCCAGCCUCCUCAGCGCUGGCUGCUUCUUUGGCGACGAGGUGCGGGGCAGCGGCGAGUCCUGUGGGCCGAGCGACUCGGAGGCUGAGAGGCCAGGGCCUGAGCCUGAGCCUGCGCCGGAGGUCACCAGCCCUGCCUCCACCCCGGCCGAGCUGCCCUGGACCAACAUCGACCUGAAGGAGCCCAAGAGGGGGCCCAGCCACACGGCCACCGGCUUUGCCGAGGCCUCCGACCUCUCCUCGCUGGGCCUCCUCCCGCUGGGCUUGGAGGAGCCCGAGGGCGCCGACGGCCACCCGCUGUGGGCCUGGGUGUCCGGAGGAGGCUGCGCCGUGGAGGCCCACUCCACACUCAAGUGGUUCACCGUCCAGUCGGGCCUGUCCCCCUCCGUGCAGACGCUGUCGCUGUCCAUCACGCCAGCCCAGACCGCUGCUUGGCGGAAGCAGAUCUUCCAGCAGCUCACGGAAAGGACCAAGCGGGAGCUGGAGAACUUCCGCCACUAUGAGCAGGCGGUGGAGCAGUCGGUGUGGGUGAAGACCGGGGCCCUGCAGUGGUGGUGCGACUGGAAACCCCACAAGUGGGUGGACGUGCGUGUGGCCCUGGAGCAGUUCACGGGGCACGAUGGCGCUCGGGACAGCAUCCUCUUUGUCUACUACGUGGUCCACGAGGAGAAGAAGUACAUCCACGUGUUCCUCAACGAGGUGACAGCGCUGGUCCCCGUGCUCAGCGAGGCCAAGCACUCCUUCGCCCUGUACACCCCCGAGAGGACCCGGCAGAGGUGGCCCGUGCGCCUGGCCGCCGCCACCGAGCAGGACAUGAGCGACUGGCUUGCCCUCCUCAACCUGUCCUGCUGUGAGAGCCGGAGGGUCCACGGCCGCCCCUCGCCGCAGGCCAUCUGGUCCGUCACCUGCAAGGGGGACAUCUUUGUGAGCGAGCCCAGCCCGGACCUCGAGGCCCCCGAGCGCCCGCUGCCCUGCGACCAGAUGUUCUGGCGGCAAAUGGGGGGCCACCUGCGGGUGGUGGAGGCCAACAGCCGCGGCGUCGUGUGGGGCAUCGGCUACGACCACACGGCCUGGGUGUACACGGGCGGCUACGGGGGAGGCUGCUUCCAAGGCCUGGCCAGCAGCACCAGCAACAUCUACACGCAGUCGGACGUGAAGUGUGUCUACAUCUACGAGAACCAGCGCUGGAACCCGGUCACGGGCUACACCAGCAGGGGCCUGCCCACCGACCGGUACAUGUGGAGUGACGCCACGGGGCUGCAGGAGUGCACCAAGGCCAGCACGAAGCCCCCGUCCCUGCAGUGGGCCUGGGUGUCUGACUGGUUCGUGGAUUUCAGCGUUCCUGGGGGCGCGGACCAGGAGGGGUGGCAGUACGCCAGCGACUUCCCUGCCUCAUACCACGGGUACAAAACCAUGAAGGAUUUUGUCCGGAGAAGGUGCUGGGCCAGAAAAUGCAAGCUGGUGACCAGCGGGCCCUGGCUGGAGGUGGCCCCCAUCGCCCUCGGGGAUGUGUCCAUCAUCCCGGAGAGCCCGGGCGCCCCCGGGAGUGGACCCAGCAUCGCGCUCUGGGCCGUCAGUGACAAGGGGGACGUGCUGUGCCGCCUGGGUGUGUCCGAGCUUAACCCUGCGGGCUCCUCCUGGCUGCACGUGGGUACCGACCAGCCCUUCGCCUCCGUGUCCAUCGGGGCCUGCUACCAGGUGUGGGCCGUGGCGAGGGACGGCUCCGCCUUCUACCGUGGCUCCGUGUCCCCCUCCAAGCCGGCCGGCGAUUGCUGGUACCACAUCCCAUCUCCCCCCAAACAGAGACUCAAGCAGGUGUCUGUGGGGCACACAGCAGUGUACGCCUUGGAUGAAAACGGGAACAUGUGGUACCGCCAGGGGGUCACGCCCAGCUACCCGCAGGGCUCCGGCUGGGAGCACGUGUCUAACAACGUGCGCCGUGUGUCCGUGGGGCCCCUGGACCAGGUCUGGGUCAUCGCGGACAAAGUCCAGGGAAGCCACGGCCUGAGCCGGGGAACCGUGUGUCACCGCACGGGUGUGCAGCCCCUUGAGCCCAAGGGGCUGGGCUGGGACUACGGCAUCGGGGGGGGCUGGGAUCACCUCUCCGUCCGGGCCAAUGCCACCAGGGCCCCCAGGACCUCGUCCCAGGAGAGGGCCGGCGAGCGGAGCGGGGAGCAGGGCAGCGGGCCGUCGAGUGUGGCCGCAGCCCCGAAGGAGACCCCCGGCCCGGUCUGCUGCUGAGGCCGCGUCCCCUCGCCUGAGCAAGCUGCCCUGAAAGCUCAAGCUUGAUGUGAGGGUUCCCGUCGCCGUUGUCACCGUCGUGAGCCAUUCUCGUGCUGAACUCGCUGAAGUGUGGGUCCCAGCAGAGGCAUCACCAGGCCCAGACUGCAGACUCCGUAUGAAAGCCAGCCUGAGGUCACGGCCACCUUGGAGGCACUGAAACAGCCCAGAAACGUGAAGCUCGUGGCCCCGGCUGCGAGGGGAACGUGGGGUGUGGGUGGGGGCUCCCUUCACCCUGGCCUCUUGCGCCCGUCCCCCUCCCCCUCCGCCUCCCACCUUCAAGGGACAGGAGCCUGGCCCUUCCAGGAACACUGCCCCUGGGGAAGCAGAGCCCCCAGAGGAGCCUUCUAGGCUCUGAGCAUCCCCAGACAGCACGGGGGGACUGCCCCCCAAAGAAAACUGGCCAUGGCUGUGGGGCUCAGGCUGCUCUGCCUCGGGCCUGGUCAGUCCUGAGAGCAGGACACGCAGACUUCAUUGCAAAGGUUAAGGAAGGAGACGUGAGGUUGGAAAUAAAUGCUGGGGAGGGGCGUCUGCACCCCCUCCCCCGGGUGGGCCAGGCCCUCCUGGAGUGGACAGAGGACAGAGAGGCUGCCUGUGGCUGGGAGAGGUCCAUGUGCAGAAUCCCUGUCCGCCCAGCAAAGCGGAGAAGCAUCUCAAGCCCUCACUCCCCACCUGCGGCCGCCCAGCUGCUUUUUAUCUGGAAAAAGGGCCUGUUUGGUGAAGUCUGGUGUUUGCUUCCUACAACCAGACCCUUUGGGGGGGGGGCGGUUCUCGUGAGCCCACGUCCCUUCUCGCCCAUCUCGGCUCUCGAUUUGACACAGAACACGCUGACUCCACCAGCUUCCCCGGGCCAUCCCGCCUGGAGGGGCCGGCUGUGCUGGCCGAGUGUAAAGAGGUCGCUCGUGGGCCCCCUCGCCAGUGGCAUGGAGGGAGUGGGUGGCCUCUGCGUUUGCUGCAUCUCCUGGAGGCGGGACCAGGGGGCGCAGGUCUGGGGGCAGGGCCCAGGGGAACCCCGUGAAGGGCCAGGCGGGGCGGUGCCCUCCUGCCCAUUUGCACUCUGCUGCCAGGUCUCGCCGAGUGGGACUUUUGGUUCCUUCUACGGCAGCCACCUUUGUUCUACUGUCACUUGCUGGUUGCACCCUGCCCUUUUUCCAGGGCCACCGUGUCCCCUCUUGGCUGAGCCCCAACUGUCGACCUGCUCAGCAUCAUGGAACCAUCUCAAUUCCUUGGAUGCUUUAUUCAAUAAAAACUUAUGCCAAUGUCAA